GCCGCCCCCGCGGCGCGAGGCCGGCGAUGUCCGACGGCCGUGGCGCGCUGCAGGUGGUGGCCGGGCCGGAGGUCGCCGACCUGGGAGCCAGCUUCACCGGGGCUCCCGUGCGGGUCGCCGGCGUGCGGGAGGACGAGGAUGAGGACGACGGCCGCAGAGGCGGCGGCGGCGAGGAGAACCUGUGGGCCGACAUCGUCGGCCUCGUGCGCGGGCAGCAGCUGCUCGAGGUCAACGGUGCCCCCGUGUGCACCAUGACCAAGGAGGAGCUGCGGGACGCCCUCCAGGCGCGGCCCGUGGAGCUGCGGCUGGCGCACUGCCGCACGACUGGGGACUCCUCGUGGGAGG